UAUCCAACCUUCGUUCAACGAUCGGACUUCUGAAACAUUCAACGACCUUUCCCACGUUCCGGUAAUUUGCUUGCAUAGACUUCAGCAUCUGGUCCUCCUCCUCCUCCGACAAACUGAAGCCCCUUCUCAUGCCGGGAGCUGCUCCUAUGUCGAUUUAACCCAUCCGGCAUCCCUUUCCUCAUCUUCGGCCAAACCCCAGAAGAAGUCAGAAUCAAGAAAUUGCGCCGAAGCUACCCUCUUCUUGUCCCUUUUUCCUCCGGCCCCUCUAAGGUGGAAUCCCCUUCAAGAACUGCGAAAAACCCUGAUCAUCGAUCCUCCUGCAGAAGCCCCGUAGCUGUACGCGCUUGAUCGCCGUCCAGCAGCCGCGUGGUCUAAGGUUGGGGUUUCAGUCUUCGAAACCCUAGACCCGAUUCCCCGUUCUGUUCUUCGAUUUUGGUUUCGGGUUUCUGUAGAUACAGUAAUUGUUUCUGCGGGAGGGAUGGUCGUCCCGAAGGGCAAUCUCCGCUCGAGGAAUCCCGUCUUUCGCGGGGUUUUUAAUGGGAUUUGUGCUGUGGUAUUGCUGUUCAUGUUCUACAGCCAAGGUAAUUUCUUUAGAAGUGUAAAUGUGGUUGAUUCGCCUUCCUUCAUGCCCCCGAAUUGGAGCUCGAGAGGGGAUUUCAGUAAUCCAGUGGGAAUAAUCCAUAGGAGAAUGGCGGAACUGGAUGUCACGACGUCUAAUUAUACUCUUGGUUCUGAUGGGUCGGGUUCGAAUAAUCUGACUGUGAAAGACCCUAAAUUGUGCUCUGGAUUGUUAGACCACAAGGGUUACAAGAACCGUUGUGACUACUUGAUCGCGCACCCUGAGUGCAACUCCGGGGGGUUCUUUAAUUAUAUUUGGUUCUUCUACUGUGACUGCGAAAAGUUCAGCCUUUUGGGAUAUGCAGUGCUUGCAUUGUGGCUCGCAGCGUUGUUUUAUUUGCUGGGCAACACUGCAGCGGAUUACUUCUGCUGUAGCUUAGAGAAGCUUUCGAGUCUCUUAAGGUUGCCCCCAACAGUUGCAGGUGUUACUCUACUCCCGCUUGGGAAUGGGGCCCCAGAUGUGUUUGCCAGCAUUGCUGCUUUUGUUGGCAAAGAUGCAGGGGAGGUUGGACUCAAUAGCGUCUUGGGAGGGGCUGUCUUUGUUACUUGCAUUGUUGUGGGUGCGGUUUCCUUGUGUGUGGCUGAUCAGCGGGUUCAGAUCGAUAAGAGGUGUUUCAUCAGAGAUAUCUGCUUCUUCCUUUUUACUCUGAUCUCACUCGGGAUCAUCCUAAUUGUCGGUCAGGUGAGUGUUGGAGGAGCUAUAGCAUUUGUUUCGAUAUAUGCGAUCUAUGCUUUUGCUGUUGCUGCUAAUGAGAUGUUGAGGAAACAAGUGAGGAAGUUAAGAUUAGAUUCUGUUACGCCUUUGCUUCCUGUACGAGGAAGUAUCUUUUCUCAUGGAAGUGAGGAGGAUGAGUCCAUAUAUGCUUCUUUCCUCGAAAAGGAGUCCGAUUCCGAUGUCCCCCAUCUACAGAGCAAACUCCCCCACUGGAUGUGGGCCUCGAAUGUUGCUAUAUACUCGAACGAGACCACCAAGUCUGGUCCAGAUAGCCCAAAGAACUUGUGGGGUUGGAAUGAUGAAGAGGCUCUAAAUGAAAGGUCUUCUUACUUCAAGCUCUCGAAGCUGUUUUCUCUGCUGGAAAUGCCUCUGACACUUCCGAGGAGGAUGACCAUCCCGGUUGUUGAGGAGGAGAGAUGGUCAAAAGUUUAUGCCAUUGCAAGUGCUUCGUUAGCACCAAUUCUUUUAGCAUUUCUGUGGAGUACACAGGACGAUGUCAGUAUUCUAAGCAAGGAAAUUGCUUAUGCUGUUGGGAUUGUUGCCGGGGGUAUUCUUGGUGUUGCAGCUUAUCUAUACACUCGACCAGAUCAGCCUCCUAGCACAUUCCUGUUUCCAUGGGUAUUUGGCGGCUUCUUCAUGAGCAUAAUAUGGUUCUACAUGGUAGCCAACGAGCUUGUCGCCCUUCUAGUGGCACUUGGAGUAAUUUUUGGCAUCAAUCCAUCCAUUCUUGGAUUGACAGUGUUGGCCUGGGGGAACUCAAUGGGAGACCUAACAUCCAAUGUGGCACUGGCGAUGCAUGGUGGAGACAGCGUGCAGAUUGCAAUGUCGGGAUGCUAUGCUGGUCCCAUGUUCAACACGCUUGCAGGGCUGGGCCUGUCGCUGCUCCUUGGCGCUUGGUCCCAGAAACCUGCUCCGUUUGUGGUGCCAGAGGACAGCAGCUUGUUCUGCACAAUGGGUUUCCUGAUAGCCGGCCUUGUUUGGGCCCUCAUCAUAUUGCCAAGGAACAAUAUGAGACCGAAUAAGCUGUUGGGGGUCGGGCUUAUAGCAAUCUAUGCGCUGUUUCUCAUCUUGAGGUUGACGACUUCAAUGGGUGUGGUUCCAUUGAGUGGUCUAGUUUAACUGUUGUGGGAAGUCUGAAGAUGAAUUACUGCCAUCUAGAAGGUGAUCAACGAUCGCUUCAAUCAUGAGUGAUGAAGAACGCACGCCUGCUGAACAAGAUUUGAUCACCACGCUGUGAGUUUUAGGUACUCGAGGGUGGAAAAGGAAAAGGUCAUAGAAUCAUUUUCACCAAUAGGUAUAAAGAUAGUGUUGUUUCUGUACAUAUUAUCAAAUUGUGCUCGUAUGCUUGGCCGCUGUUCUCCAUUCUUUGAAGCGGCUAUAGUACGGAAUUGUCUGUCUGGUACAUAUUGUUGAGAGGAGUCUUCGCUUUUGCUGUUUACAGCUACAAUCCUUCGUUCAUGCUGGGGUUUCUGCCAUGGAAAGUGGUUUUGGUUCUGGUGGUGAAUUAAUGAAUUUUCUCGAUAUGCCGGCACUGUGUUAUGAUUUGCUGGCAUUGCUCUCAGCUGCAAACAAAUCCUAAAUGAGAAAAUAUCGUGUUGGAUUUA